AUGGAGAAACUAAACACUGAAGAUGGCCAGCUCUUCAUCAAGAGUCUCGCUAGAUUCGUCCGCACGCACGAGAAAGCCCUCGCCAACGCGAUGCAGAUGAGAAGACAGUCGAGAAGCGUCGACCUGACCUCCUCGCAAUCGAACUCGGCCGCCCAUGGCUCCUCCGGCCGCGCCUCUGCUGCCUCUACGCUCGCUGCCGCCCUCUCCCUUGGAUCGCUGAGCCUGACAUCACACAGUGUCCGGCCCGCCAGGCUUACCCUGACCCCCCACCACCUCUUCUACCUCCUCUCCCGCUUCGAGGACCUGUCCGUACCCGUUGGACCGCUGAACAUCCGCCUGGAGAAUAUCAAUACCGAAUCGUCCUCGGCAUAUGUGUCGUUUUUGAGUAAACCGCAACGGCCGAGGGGUGCCGGAGGCGCGGGAGGGGACAGAGACUCGAUACACUCCGUAUCCAGUGUCCGCAGCGUCAUGUCUACCAUGAGCUCAUUUUGGUCCUCCUUUGGCCUUGGAUCCAGGGAUUCCGUUUCAAAGUCAGACAAGGCCAAGGCAGCCCUGGAAGCUGACCUCAAAUACCUAUAUUCUGCCUUCACCAAGAUCCCUUGUUUGAGACUGGCGCCUGACCACAGAGCCAGGUUGAUCAGUGGCUACGAGGAGUUCCCGUUUGAUACCGCUGUGCCCUUGCACUCCUUUAAGAACCUCAGUGCCCUGGAGAUCAUCGAUGUAGACUUCCGGUCUUUCUUCGGCUGGGACCGUCUGGCCGAGCAGCUGAGAUCCCUUACUCUCAAGCGUGCCCAGCUCGAGGACAUCGGUGACUUGCUCACUGGCAUCGUACUAGAUGACAUUGAUAAGCGCAGACGUAGGUCCUCCAAGUCUCAGCCCUCGCCCGUCCUCGGAUGGCCGUCUAACGGCAGCUCAGGUACCCCAGAGCUCGGGAAGUUCAUUUCGGCCCCAGGAUCCCCCAUUGCUGAACCCGUGUUUGGAACCAGUGCCAGUCCCAAGGGAAGCUCGUCCAUGCUCAGAGGUGACUCCUCGGAAGGUGGAAGGAGGAAGCAUGGCCGUGCCGGAAGCAUCUCCCCCAGCCGACCCACGAGCUCAAACAAACCAGGAUCCAGCCACCGCCAUCACCACCAUCACCCACACCCUCGAGGCUCGUCCUCGAAAAUGAAGAGAUCCGGUUCUGGUAGCUCUGACUCUAGCGAGUCUUCCACCGUUUAUCGUGACCGUGGCAUCUCUAAUAUGAUGGCUGGCGGUAGCGUCCCAUUGAGUCCCUUCAAAUGGCGGUUCCUUAGACAUCUCAACCUGACGGAUAACUCCUUAACAAGUGUUAGUGUAGCUAGCCUCGCGCCAGUAGCCAAUACCUUGCACUCCCUAGACCUAUCGUGGAAUCUCUUUACUGAAGUUCCCGACAGCCUUGCCUCUCUAGUGGCCCUGAGGUCACUAAAUCUAUCCCACUGUAUGAUAGAUUCCCUACACUCUCUGUCAAGAAGCCCGUUGCCUGCCAUCACGUCUCUGAACCUCCGAGGGAACAGACUCCGGUCGAUUGCCGGUGUUGAGCGCCUGCUUUCGCUGGAACGUCUCGACCUGAGAGACAAUGCCAUCACAGACCCGGUUGAGAUAGCCCGUCUGACUGCUAUUCCGUAUAUCCGCGAAAUCUGGAUCUCCGGAAACCCCUUUACCAAAUCGCAUGCUGGACAUCGGGUCACCAUCUUUAACUUGUUCCGCCAGACUCCCGGAUACCCAGAGGAUAUCUUCAUCGAUAAUACCGGACCUUCGUACUCGGAGAGGAAGCAGCUUGUGGAGCGAGCUGCAGAACCCGAAGCAGCACCCGUCAUUCGAAAGUUUGAACAGGAUGUUGCUGAUACACAGGCAGAUACCAGCGCGACCGCUGUUGAUGUCCAGCUGUUAUCUCCAGAGACCCAUGUUGUAAAGCCUCGUGCUCCAGCAGACGUGGCAUCUCCUCGACGCAAGAAACCGCAUAGAAAACGAGUUAUCAACCUCACCAACGACGCCGAAGCCUCUACCCCUUCGGUGGUAGAGAACAAGCUGCCCGACAACGCCGUGGUAGGCCACCCUGCGUCUGACCCGUUUGUUGAUCACCCGAAGCCCAAAGCCAACCAUCAGCCAGCGUACGAAGAGCCAGAACCAGUAUCCCCGACCACAGUAACCGCGGUACCUCCUGCCCCUGAACCCUUGAAACCAACUGAACCUUUGAAACCAACCGCAACCACCACCACAACAACAACCACCGACGUCGACCCGCCAAAGAACCGAACCCUACUCCCUGCCAUCGACGGCAUCGACUGGGACGUCAGCGGUGACAUUUACCGCCAACGGCUCGAGGCGUUGAAACACGAGGUCGGGACAAACUGGUUAACGGUCCUGGGUGAUGAUAACUGGGCCAAUAGCACGAAGAACAUCAACCUCCACUCUCCAACUACCGACUUCCAUUCCACCACCAAUCCUAUCCGGCCUCCGCCCCCGAUGGCCCGGACAAGCAGCCAGAUCAUCGCCACUGGUGGUCCCGCACUUGGCUAA